CCGCCGCGCCGUCGCCGUCCUCUUCCUCAGUCUCGUCGUCCUCGGCCGCGGCUUCCUCCUCCUCCUCCUCCUCGGUGGCGGCGGCGAGCGCAGGCGGCGGGCGGCCGGGCCUGGGCAGAGGCCGAAACAGUAGCAAAGGACUGCCUCAAUCUACGAUUUCUUUUGAUGGAAUCUAUGCAAAUAUGAGGAUGGUUCAUAUACUUACAUCAGUUGUUGGAUCCAAAUGUGAAGUACAAGUGAAAAACGGAGGUAUAUAUGAAGGAGUUUUUAAAACAUACAGUCCUAAGUGUGAUUUGGUACUUGAUGCUGCACAUGAGAAAAGUACAGAAUCCAGUUCGGGGCCAAAACGUGAAGAAAUAAUGGAGAGUAUUUUGUUCAAGUGUUCGGAUUUUGUUGUGGUACAGUUUAAAGAUAUGGACUCCAGUUAUGCAAGAAGAGAUGCUUUUACUGACUCUGCUAUCAGUGCUAAAGUGAAUGGUGAACACAAAGAGAAGGACCUGGAGCCCUGGGAUGCAGGUGAACUCACUACCAGUGAGGAACUGGAGGCUUUGGAAAAUGAUGUUUCUAAUGGAUGGGAUCCCAAUGAUAUGUUUCGAUAUAAUGAAGAAAAUUAUGGUGUAGUGUCUACAUAUGAUAGCAGUCUAUCUUCAUAUACGGUGCCCUUGGAAAGGGAUAACUCAGAAGAAUUUUUAAAACGAGAAGCAAGGGCAAACCAGUUAGCAGAAGAAAUUGAAUCAAGUGCCCAGUAUAAAGCCCGGGUGGCCCUGGAAAAUGAUGAUAGGAGCGAAGAAGAAAAAUACACAGCAGUACAGAGAAAUUCCAGUGAACGUGAGGGCCACAACAUAAACACUAGGGAAAAUAAAUAUAUUCCUCCUGGACAAAGAAAUAGAGAAGUCAUAUCCUGGGGAAGUGGACGACAGAAUUCACCACGUAUGGGCCAGCCUGGAUCGGGCUCCAUGCCAUCGAGAUCCACCUCUCACACUUCAGAUUUCAACCCAAAUUCUGGUUCAGACCAAAGAGUAGUUAAUGGAGGUGUUCCCUGGCCAUCGCCUUGCCCAUCUCCUUCCUCUCGCCCACCUUCUCGCUACCAGUCAGGUCCCAACUCUCUUCCACCUCGGGCAGCCACCCCUACACGGCCGCCCUCCAGGCCCCCCUCGCGGCCAUCCAGACCCCCGUCUCACCCCUCUGCUCAUGGUUCUCCAGCUCCUGUCUCUACUAUGCCUAAACGCAUGUCUUCAGAAGGGCCUCCAAGGAUGUCCCCAAAGGCCCAGCGACACCCUCGAAAUCACAGAGUUUCUGCUGGGAGGGGUUCCAUUUCCAGUGGCCUAGAAUUUGUAUCCCAUACCCCACCAAGUGAAGCGACUGCUCCUCCAGCAGCAAGGACCAGUCCCGCAGGGGGCACAUGGUCAUCAGUGGUCAGCGGGGUUCCAAGAUUAUCCCCUAAAACUCACAGACCCAGGUCUCCCAGACAGAACAGUAUUGGAAAUACUCCUAGUGGGCCAGUUCUUGCUUCUCCCCAAGCUGGUAUUAUUCCAGCUGAAGCUGUUGCUAUGCCUGUACCAGCUGCAUCUCCUACGCCUGCCAGUCCUGCAUCCAACAGAGCUGUAACCCCAUCUCUUGAGGCUAAAGAUUCCAGGCUUCAAGAUCAGAGGCAGAACUCUUCUGCAGGGAAUAAAGAAAAUAUGAAGCCCAAUGAGACAUCACCUAGCUUCUCAAAAGCUGAAAGUAAAGGUAUAUCACCAAUUGUUUCUGAACAUAGAAAACAGAUUGAUGAUUUAAAGAAAUUUAAGAAUGACUUUAGGUUACAGCCAAGUUCUACUUCUGAAUCUAUGGAUCAGCUGCUAAACAAAAAUAGAGAGGGAGAAAAAUCAAGAGAUUUGAUCAAAGACAAAAUUGAACCAAAUGCUAAGGAUUCUUUCAUUGAAAAUAGCAGCAACUGCACCAGUGGCAGCAGCAAGCCGAGCAGUCCCAGCAUUUCCCCUUCAAUCCUCAGUAACACAGAGCACAAGAGGGGACCUGAGGUCACAUCCCAAGGGGUUCAGACUUCCAGUCCAGGAUGUAAACAAGAGAAAGAUGAUAAAGAGGAGAAGAAAGACGCAGCUGAGCAAGUGAGGAAAUCAACGUUGAAUCCCAAUGCGAAGGAGUUCAACCCUCGUUCCUUUUCUCAGCCAAAACCUUCUACCACCCCAACUUCGCCUCGUCCUCAAGCACAACCUAGCCCAUCUAUGGUGGGUCAUCAGCAGCCAACUCCAGUUUAUACUCAGCCUGUUUGUUUUGCACCAAAUAUGAUGUAUCCAGUCCCAGUGAGCCCAGGAGUGCAACCUUUAUAUCCUAUACCUAUGACGCCCAUGCCCGUCAAUCAAGCCAAGACAUAUAGAGCAGGUAAAGUACCAAAUAUGCCCCAACAACGACAAGACCAGCAUCAUCAGAGUACCAUGAUGCACCCAGCCUCAGCAGCAGGCCCACCAAUUGUGGCCACCCCACCAGCUUAUUCCACACAAUAUGUUGCCUAUAGUCCUCAGCAGUUUCCAAAUCAGCCUCUUGUUCAGCAUGUGCCACAUUAUCAGUCUCAGCAUCCUCAUGUCUAUAGUCCUGUAAUACAGGGUAAUGCUAGAAUGAUGGCACCACCAACACAUGCCCAGCCUGGUUUAGUAUCUUCUUCAGCAACUCAGUACGGGGCUCAUGAGCAGACGCAUGCGAUGUAUGCAUGUCCCAAAUUACCAUACAACAAGGAGACAAGCCCUUCUUUCUACUUUGCCAUUUCCACUGGCUCCCUUGCCCAGCAGUAUGCGCACCCUAAUGCUACCUUGCACCCUCAUACUCCACACCCUCAGCCUUCAGCUACCCCCACUGGACAGCAGCAAAGCCAACAUGGUGGGAGCCAUCCUGCACCCAGUCCUGUUCAGCACCAUCAGCACCAGGCCGCCCAGGCUCUCCACCUGGCCAGUCCGCAGCAGCAGUCAGCCAUUUACCAUGCGGGGCUCGCACCAACCCCACCUUCCAUGACACCUGCCUCCAAUACACAGUCGCCACAGAAUAGUUUCCCAACAGCACAACAGACCGUCUUUACGAUUCAUCCUUCUCAUGUUCAGCCGGCUUAUACCAAUCCACCCCACAUGGCCCAUGUACCUCAGGCUCAUGUACAGUCAGGAAUGGUUCCUUCUCAUCCAACUGCCCAUGCGCCAAUGAUGCUAAUGACGACACAGCCACCCGGCGGUCCCCAGGCCGCCCUCGCUCAAAGUGCACUACAGCCCAUUCCAGUCUCGACAACAGCGCAUUUCCCCUAUAUGACGCACCCUUCAGUUCUGGUUCAAGUAUCUCUAGAAAAAGACAAGACUGAGAGAUGUUCUCUUUGGUGGCUAGAGGUCUGCUUCAGAAGGAGGAAGGCUGGCCAGAGGUGGGCAGUGCCGAAAGUCCACAUCCUCACCCUGACGCUGAUUCUAAAUGAUCAAAGGCAGAAGAUUUAUACCAGAUAAAGCCAUAUGGAUUGCUGGUCUAAAAUUCAAGGCAGGUUAGUUGACUUAAUUCUUUGGUGCUGGUGACUGUUAGUUUGUAAAAGUUCAUUGAAGUCAGGCGAAGGAAGUGAUGAUGCUGGGAGCAGUUAAGCUAUCCUUGUUGUCUGUAAUUAGAGAUAACUGGAGGGCUUGUGAUGCUUACUGUCCAACUGGCACUCAGGGUCUGGCUCUCAGUAGAGGCUGCCGGCUUGGCCUCUUGCCGCCAGCAGUGGUCACAUUGAGGCUGGAAAGAGGGUGGUGGAAUGUGCUAUGACUGCGGUGGGCUGGCUGCAGCCGUCAGGGUUGCUGCCUUACUGCCUGUGACGGCAUCAAGCCCAGGGACCCACUGCUCCCGUUCCUCCAGCUCAACCUGCUCUAGCAGAAAGAAAAGGCAUUGACUUAGUGUCGCUUCUUCCCAGGCCAUGAGGGGCCUUUUUGUCGGAAUGUAUUUGAGCUGUCCUGGUAACUCGGACACAUUUAGUAAAGAAAUGUUUUUCUUGAACAUUUUACACUGAAGCGGUCUGGAAGUGGGUGACUCUGUCACAGAUUCUGAGCUUGUACUUUGUAGCCAGUCGGUCAGAGCUGCUGGCUUGCUGUGCCUGGCUUGCCUCUUGGCACUACCUGAGAAUUGUAUGUUGAGAGGCUGUUAAGAAGUGAGUGCCCCUGGCUUGUGGAUAUCAUAUCCCAGAUGUUUGUUUACCCUUCUGGUUGGAGGGAGGGAACUUACUUGUUUGGUUCAUUGUCUGCUUGGCCCCUUUCCUGUGCAGACAGGGGAAAAUCUGUACCAGUGACUUGUCAGCAUUGACCUUCUGUGAUGAGCUUUCUCUUGUAAAAGAGAAAUCCAAAACAGUGCUUACUCCUGGUCCACACUUUGCUUAGCAUUCAUUAAUCAGACCUGCUUGAUGUGUAGAAAAUGUGGCCCUUAGAAAUAGACCACAACUCUAGAUCAGGGUUGGUUAUGCUUUACCAUCUGUGAAAACACCCAGGACUGUUGGUUUUAUCUGUAUAUAUAAGGUGGGGGGAGGGGCACGCCACACAGCUUGCAGGAUCUCAGUUCCCCCUGACCAGGGAUGGAACCCACGCCCCCUACAGGGGAAGCACAGAGCCCUACCACUGGACCACGAGGGAAGUCCCGUGGAAGAGAGGUGGCUCCUGACCUCCCUGCCCCUCCCAAAGUCUGACCUCUUGGAGUACAGAGAAUGGCUGGAGGGAACAGACACACGCCUCACCCCCAGAUAAGGCAGGCAAGUAGUUAGUUUAGGCCAAGGUUUAAUUUUAGCUUUUGACUGAUGUAUCUAUGAAUGUUAAGCUGUGCUGAACUCCCAGUUUCCUAGAAGCCACUUGGAUGAGCCCAGCGGCUAUAGUGAACAGCUCUGCUCGCACCCAGAAGCAGCUGACUCCACUCGGUCACUGCCUCCCUUGUUUCUGAGCCUCUGCAUGAAAGUUCUGGGAGGAGCCAGCCCCCUAUGAAUUGUGUCACUUGUGAAAGGCAAGUAUAGAUGGAGAUUUGACUGCGGGACCUCCCUGCAUGGUAGAAGUUAUGUGUGCCUAUGUAUACAUGCACACGCAUGCUUCAUCAGAUGAAGCAGUGGCUACUGGUGGAACAGAACACCGAUUGUGGGCUAUUAAAGGAGUUUCUCAUUAGCUGUGGCACCAGAUUCCUAGCUUCCAUUUUGGCUCAAGAAUGAGCCUAAAACCUUGUGGGAUAAUUUAAUAAGCCUUUAGACACUUGGAGGCUCUGAGCCAGCCCUCUUGGUGAAGGAUUUACUAGAAAGGGCCCAGCAGCCCUUUAUUCCUUUUUGCUUGCCCCCUC